UCGCCGUCGCGCCGUGCCACCCACCGCCCCAACCGCCACCUCCCCUGGGUAGCCGCGCCGCCACCUUCCCCCGUGCCGCCAGCCUCCCCCGUGAUCACCACCACACCCCUCACCCACGCGCCUUCGCCUCCUCCCCCCCCCCGCCCGCCGUCCAAUCAACAGAUCCGAGCGUCCGCCGGUCCCCAACGUCCUCUGGAUCGGGCGACCAUGGAGGGAUGAUGUGUGGGGUGAGGUCCGGCAGUGCUCCUGCGUUGACGACGAUGGGGCGGCCCCCUCUAUCGGCGCCAUGGAUGGCCUACGCAGCCAACACAGACGCGGCCUCGAUCUGGGGUACCUCCACAGCGGCCUCGAGCGUCGCAGUGUUCCGACGAAGCAGCUCUGACUGGGUGGAUUUGGAACUGCAGUCCACAUCGCACAGAGGAGUGCCCCACUUCCUCCUCUCCAUGCAGUCCACUGUCAAAGCCAAGGGACUUGCCGUCCCGGGGGCAUCAGAGGCAGCUGGCUUCAAAGGUUGGAGGGGGUUCGGUUAUCUCGGCGGUCAGCGACGAGGGAUCCGAGGCAGCCACCGCGCCGACAGCCCCGUGCAGCUCAGUUGGCAAGCCCGUGCAGCUCGGUUGCCACGGCCGACCUCCAAAGCCUCCUCCCCAACCCCGACACUGGACGGCGCCGCCCCGCCAUCCCUUCACCGUGAUGUAGCUCCGUCGUGCGUUGUCAAGGCGAGGCUACUUCUCCACCCCCUGGACUCGAAGGAUCUGGCCUGAUGCGGUUUCGUCAAGCGCCGCCAUGGAGGAUACAAGUCUCGGGUCCUUCUUCUUCCCAGGUCGCCACUGCUCCGACGCCAUGGAAGGUAUAACCCCCCUCCUCUCUCUCUCUCUCUCUCUCUCUCUCUCUCUCUCUCUCUCUCUCUCUCUCUCUGCGCAUGGGUCAUCGAAUUUGCUUGCUACCAAAACAUUAGACAGGACAAGUCAAGAAAACUGAACCUUUCUUCAGAGGAGAGGAGGGGGGGAAGUUUGAUAUUUUUCAGUAGAAAACUUUGACACCAGCGGAAAUGCCAAGCUGAUUAGGCAUAGGAAUCCAAUACAUCCUGAUUAGGAAGAGCGCACUAGUAAUUGCAGCAGACUUGACUUUGCACUUGUACGUACAGACGGAUGAAUAUAUGCAUCACUCUUUGUUUGGCAUGUCAAAACUGAGACAUGCAGAUCCAUUCAUUUGUUGUAAGCAUCACCGAUGUAGAUCAGUUCCUAAUGUAGAUUUGGGUUUGGACACAGUAGAAACAACACACGCAACUUGACUUGAUUCAGUCGGUUAAUUUUACUGCUGUAGGUCGUGAUGCAUGUCAUCCCUUCACUGUGAUACACGUCUUUCCUUCCACCGACGACAGUCGCGGCAGUGCACUCGUCCCUCUCUCUUCCAGUGGAGUUUGGAGUUUGCUAUGUGUCGUUCUUCCGGUUGAAUUUGUAGGUUUUUUCCAGUUAAUUUUUUAAAAGGAAAUCAGUUUCUUUUCCUGAGGUGUGCAGUUUACUUGUGCAUAUUUUCAUAUAAUUUUGCACUUACUCCUGAAGUGCACUCGAUGUGGUCCGCUCUAACAGUUCCCGCAGUUUAGAUGGGAGCUUGAUGAGGUUCUCAUUCAAAAUGCACUACUCGACAGCGGUUCAGCAACUCAUCCCAUGCAGCUCGGUUUGCACAAGCGUGCGGUUUGGUAUAUAGCCCUAUGCAGCUCAAUGUGGUGGCGUACAGUUUGUGCAUGUUUUUUUACUGCAAGUUGUGCAUCGUGCAGUUUGAUCUCGGCCACCACCAUCUCGUUGUUCCUGCCCUUGCGACGCGGAGGCCGCAGUCCACCCGACGUUGCGCUGCAGUCCGCUCCCAGCCCCUUAUCUACAAGUUUGUGGUGAAAAAAUUGUGGUUCACGUUGUUGUGUUGGAGAGAUCUACAAGAUACUCGUUCAAUUUUACUUUUUCAGGUUUUGCUUGGCAAAAAAUUUCAGUUCUCCCAUUCAGAUUCUUUUUUGGGCGUUCUGAUAUCCAGUGUAGUGCGUGUGAGGUACAAAAAAUGUGGUCCAUAUUAUUCAA